CCGGUCCGGUUAUUGUUGCAUCAGCAUCUCAUUCAGACCUGUGGCCAUGUCGAGCUCACCGGAUACAGCCUUUGAGUUUGGCUCCUUGCUGCAGAUUAACGAGGAGGCCGCGCUGACGGCGGCCCUCAACGACUACCUGACCUCACGCAGCUACCUGGCGGGCUUCGGCCCCUCCCAGGCCGACCUGAGAGCCUUUAGGCUCCUCCCCCAACCCCCCGCCCCGCAGCACGUCCACGCUCUGCGCUGGUACAGACACAUUUCCGCCCUGCAGCAGGACCUGAGCGCAGACGGCAGCAUGAAGGGGAAGCGGGUCCAGCCUUCAUGGUCGCCUCCGGCGGGAACAGAAGUUCCUCAGCUGCGGCUCUACAACAGCCUGACCAGAACCAAGGAGCCGUUUGUUCCCCAGAAGGGCAACAAGGUGACGUGGUACAGCUGCGGCCCCACCGUUUACGACGCCUCACACAUGGGACAUGCCAGGUCCUACAUCUCCUUCGACAUCCUGCGGCGGAUCCUGAGGGAUUACUUCAAGUACGACGUCCUCUACUGCAUGAACAUCACAGACAUCGACGACAAGAUCAUCAAACGGGCCCGGCAGAACUUCCUCCUGGAGCGGUACAGAGAGAAGCGGCCGCAGGCGGCUCAGAUCCUGCAGGAUGUCCUGAACGCACGAGUGCUGUUCCGGGAGCAGCUGGCCUCCACCACGGACCCGGAUAAGAAGCAGAUGUUAGAGCGUCUGGACGCCGCCGUCGCCGGCGCCCUGCAGCCCCUGCAGGGGGCGAUGGAGAGCAACGCAGCGGCUGACGUGCUGCAGCCUCUGACUGAGGUUUUGCUGGAGAACUCGAAGGACUUGCUGUCCGACUGGCUGGACAGGCAGUUUGGAAGCGAAGUCACAGAGAACUCCAUCUUCUCCGUCCUGCCGAAGUUCUGGGAGGGGGAGUUCCACAGAGACAUGGAGGCCCUGAACGUUCUGCCUGCCGAUGUUCUGACCCGAGUCAGUGAGUAUGUGCCGGAGAUCGUGGAGUUUGUGAGGAAAAUCGUCUCCAACGGUUACGGGUACGAGUCCAACGGGUCCGUCUACUUCGACACCCAGAGGUUUGAUUCCAGUCCGCAACAUUCGUACGCCAAGCUGGUGCCAGAGGCGGUGGGAGACCAGAAGGCGCUGCAGGAGGGAGAAGGCGAUCUGAGCAUCUCAGCAGACAGACUGAGUGAGAAGAAAUCCCAGAACGACUUCGCUCUGUGGAAAGCCUCGAAGCUCGGCGAGCCGUCCUGGGACUCUCCGUGGGGGAAGGGUCGGCCCGGGUGGCACAUCGAGUGUUCGGCCAUGGCCGGCUCCAUCCUGGGAGAGUCCAUGGACAUCCACGGAGGAGGCUUCGACCUGCGCUUCCCCCAUCAUGACAACGAGCUGGCCCAGUCCGAGGCGUUCUUCCAGAACGACUGUUGGGUCCGUUACUUCCUGCACACCGGCCACCUGACCAUCGCCGGCUGCAAGAUGUCCAAGUCUCUGAAAAACUUCAUCACCAUAAAGGACGCCCUGGCGAAGAACACAGCGCGCCAGCUGCGCCUGGCCUUCCUCAUGCAUUCCUGGAAAGACACGCUGGAUUACUCGGCCAACACCAUGGAGUCGGCCGUCCAGUACGAGAAGUUCAUGAACGAGUUCUUCCUGAACGUCAAAGACAUCCUGCGGGCGCCGAGCGAUCUCACCGGACGCUUCGAGAAGUGGGAGGCGGAGGAGGCGGAGCUUAACAGCAGUUUCUACGACAGGAAGUGGGCCGUUCACCUGGCGCUGUGUGACAACAUGGACACCCGCAGCGCCAUGGAGGAGAUGAGGCUUCUGGUCGGCCUUAGCAACAGCUACAUCGCCAGCAGGAAGAGCGCCAAGCUGAGGCCCAACCGCCUGCUGCUGGAGAGCGUCGCCUCCUACCUCACCGCCAUGAUGAAGAUAUUCGGAGCCAUCGAAGGAUCCGAUCCCAUCGGUUUUCCAGUCGGAGGACAAGCUGUGGAUCUGGAGAGCACGGUGAUGCCCUACCUGGCGGUUCUGUCCGACUUCAGAGAGGACGUCCGGAAAAUCGCCCGGGAGCAGAAAGUGACGGCGCUGCUGCGGCUCUGCGACGCCGUCCGGGACGACACGCUGCCGGAGCUGGGCGUCCGGCUGGAGGACCACGAAGGUCAGCCCACCGUGGUGAAGCUGGUGGACAAGGAGACUUUACUGAGGGAGAGAGAGGAGAAGAAGAAGAUGGAGGAGGAGAAGAAGCGGAAGAAGGAGGAAGCUGCCAGGAAGAAGCAGGAGCAGGAGAUGGCGAAACUCGCCAAGAUGAAAGUCCCUCCGUGUGAGAUGUUCCGCUCAGAAACAGACAAAUAUUCCAGGUUUGACGAGACGGGUUUUCCCACUCAUGACGCUGAGGGAAAGGAGCUGAGCAAAGGCCAAGCCAAGAAGCUGCGGAAGCUGUUUGAGGCUCAGGAAAAGCUCCACAGCGAGUAUCUGCAGAUGAACCAGAACGGGAACUAGAGUCCACUUCCAUCUAACGCAGCUUCAGCAGGGACUCGGAAAACAACGGACUCGGUUUUAUUCUCCUCAGAUCAGAUCCAGAAAUGUGUAAAUGUGUGAAGGAGGAACGUUUUCUCCAUCAGCAGAGCCCAGCUGCCACUGCCGCUUCGUUUCCAGACUGGGAUCAAACUCAUGAACUUCAUCUGUUUCCAUCAUGCAUUCCUAUCAGCCGUUCAUUCAUUCAUUCAUCAUUCAUUCAUUCAUCCAGCUGCAAACAGAUUCAAACAAACUGCGACGCCGAGUUUCCAACAGACGAGGAAACUGGAAUCAGGAAAACCUGAGAAGCUGCAGCCAAACCUUGUUCAGAUGUAAAGGAACUGGUGGCAAAAUGUUCAUGUGUGCUGCUUUUGCUUUGAAUAUAUUAAUAAAAGUUUAAAGGUCAAAAGGUCAACCAGCCCCCCCCACAUUACUCAAAUCAAACUAAAUUGGUAUCAAUGUUAUGCUUGAGCUGGUUUGUGUCGCUAUCAUUUAAAAGAUAUUAAUAAAUGUUUCCAGAGGUCAUCAGAGGUCAACCAGGGACCGCCCACAUUUCCAAAACUAAACAAAUUUGGUGUCAGUCAAAUUUUUGCUGGUUUGUGUCGUAAAAUUAUUUUUGUUUUUGCCACUAUCAUUUUAAAAAUAUAAAUAAAUGUUUCCAGAGGUCAUGAAAGGUCAAC